CCAUUAGAAUAAUCAUUGUCAAAACCUACCCUUUAUACAAUGAUGAUAAUUUCUAUACUGGAGAACCACACAAAGAAAUCAAAACUAUUUAAUCAUUUGUGCUUGUUAACAUGUUUGACAAGUGAUCAGCUUGGUGUUCUUUGUGACAAGAUUUUCAUAAAGCCUUAUCAGAGAUCUCAAAGUCAAAUUCAAACAAAGGGAAAAAAAAUUAUAUGGUCAAAUUGCAUAGUUUAUGUUGAGUCCUUAGGAAAGGUGCUCAUCAUCAAAACCUACCAAUUUAUAACUACAUAAAACCCAUGACAAUUUGUGUGUCCUUAGGAAGAACAAAACAUAAUAUGGAGCUGAGCAAGAAGCAUUUCAUGUUAAUUUCUUUUUUUAUCAUUCUUUCAUCUCUUGGAAUUGAGACUGCUAAGGAGCCACCAAGAACUGGCAAGCACUUUGUGCUAAUUCAUGGUUCAUGCCUUGGAGCUUGGUCCUGGUACAAGCUUGUGACACUACUAAAAUCUUCUGGUCACAAUGUCACUGCACUAGACUUAGCUACUUCUGGGAUCAAUCCAUUGCAGGCAAAUGAUCUCCAAUCAAGUUUUGACUAUUUCAAGCCCUUGAGGGACUUCAUGGAAGCUCUUCCUUCUCAUGAAAGAGUAAUCCUUGUUAGUCAUAGCCUUGGUGGCAUGGCAAUUUCUCAAGCCAUGGAAUAUUUUCCAAGAUUUGACAUUGGCCUCCUUGUUGUUGAGACCACUACGUUUGUUUAGUGAUGAAGACCUAUCAAAGCAGCUAAUGCUGUUCUCUGAGAAUUAUGGGUCGAUUAAAUGGGUUUACAUCAUAUCCGAAAAAGAUAAGGUGGCAAGGAGGGAUCUUCAACUGUGGAUGAUUAAGAGAAAUCCACCCAAUGAUGUGGUGGAGAUCAAAGGAUCUGAUCACAUGGUCAUGAUGUCUAAGCCAAUAGAGCUUUGGGCUCAUCACCAAGGCAUUGCUGAGAAAUAUUCUUAUCCCAUUUUCUAAUGCACGGGACAUUUCACUUUCUAGUUUCAAUACAACAUUGAAAUGAGGGAGAAUACUAAGCUAUAGAUUGUGGCAAAUAAGCCAUUGGUGUUAUGGCACAAGUGAUAAAAUAUCAAUAAGUAUUUCAAGGGUAUAAAUUUUGUCAUAACUUUUUUCACUUACAUUGAAUUGAAUAUGGAUUGAGAUUGUGUUUA